CCAAUUUCAUAAUAAAAGCUUUCAGUACUAUUCAAAGGCUUCAUCUAAAUUAAAGGCAAAAUGACAACAACAAAUAACUUUUUUGGAAAUAAACGUAAAUUUUGCUUUAAAUGCAUGAUCUGGAGAAGUUUUAAAGAAUGUUAAGAACAUGUUUAGCAAUGCUUUCAGAAUAAACAUAAAUGCAAUAAUCUACGUUGAAUUAAUGUCUCAUAAUGGCAACAUCCUGUAUGACCCAUAAAAAGAUGCUCAUCAUUUACAUGUCAAGUAACUAAACUUUUAUUUUGAAAGCUGUUAAGAGAGGGGCUUUCUGUUCUUGUGCAGUUGACAGAAGCACCACAGAGCUCCAUCCUCCUCCUCCUCCUCCUCCUCUUCCUCAAAUGAAGCCUACAAUUCUAGUGUGCUCGGGGUAAACGUGAUGUGCGCAAACUCAACAUGGAAAGAAAAACCUUCCUGCCACAUAGAGGAUCUUAGCAUGGGGCAGCUGGAUGUCUUUUGAUCACUGGCACCUGCAAGAGGAGUGUGUGCUUCUGUCCUAUUCUUUCUUUUUUCUUUUUUUUUUUUGUCAUCACCAUGUGUGAAGGAUGGAUGUGGGUUGGAUGCCUGUUUGUUUUCACCUCGGAUAUAAGGACUGACAGGUUAUCAGCAUGAACUGAGGCCAAACUAGAAAAAGAAGGAAAAUUGAUCUCAAUGUGUAAAACUUCCGAUUUGGAGGAGCGAUCAUGGUGAAAAGGCAGGGACUGUUGUUUUCACUGCUCUACUGUAUAGCAGAGUUUUGGCUCACUUCAGGGCAAGUCCUGAGAAUCGGGGGAAUCUUUGAGACGCUGGAAAAUGAGCCCAUUAGUGUUGAAGAACUGGCCUUUAAAUUUGCUGUAACCAACAUAAACAGGAACCGGACCUUAAUGCCAAACACCACGCUAACCUACGACAUCCAGAGAAUAAAUCUUUUUGACAGUUUUGAGGCCUCAAGAAGAGCCUGUGACCAAUUGGCCCUGGGAGUCGGGGCUGUAUUCGGCCCCUCUCACAGCUCAUCCGUCAGUGCGGUUCAGUCUAUCUGCAAUGCUCUGGAGGUCCCUCACAUCCAGACGCGUUGGAAACACCCCUCAGUGGACAACAAAGACAGCUUCUACAUCAACCUCCACCCUGAAUAUGCCUCUUUGAGCAGAGCUGUGCUGGAUAUAGUGCAGUUCUACAAGUGGAAAGCAGUCACGGUGGUCUAUGAAGAUGCUACGGGAUUGAUUCGUUUACAGGAACUGAUUAAAGCUCCAUCCAGAUACAGCAUAAAAAUUAAGAUCCGACAGCUGCCAUCAGGAACCAAAGAUGCCCGUCCUCUCCUGAAGGAGAUGAAGAAAGGGAAAGAGUUUUUUGUCAUCUUUGACUGCUCCUACCAAACCACAACUGAUGUUCUAAAGCAGAUUUUGUCCAUGGGAAUGAUGACAGAAUAUUAUCACUACUUUUUCACCACACUGGACUUGUUUUCCCUUGACCUGGAACCAUACCGCUACAGUGGGGUCAACAUGACAGGGUUCAGGCUGCUGAAUGUCGACGAUCCUAAAGUGUCUUUGGUGUUGGAGAGGUGGGCAAUGGAGCGGCUACAGGCUCCUUCCAAAGUUGAGACUGGAAUGAUGGAAGGAAUGAUGACGACUGAAGCGGCUCUGAUGUAUGAUGCUGUUUAUAUGGUGGCUGCUGCUUCCCAACGCACCUCCCAGAUCACCGUCAGCUCCCUGCAGUGUCACCGACACAAACCCUGGCGCUUCGGAUCACGAUUCAUAAACCUGCUCAAAGAUACACAGUGGAGCGGCUUGACCGGACAAAUACUUAUUAACAAAACGGACGGACUUCGAAAAGAAUUCGAUUUAGAUGUCAUCAGCCUAAAGGAAGACGGCUUGGAAAAGUCCAUGACCGGCAGCCGCUUGAACAAAGUUUGGAAAAAGAUUGGUGUCUGGAACUCCCAGAUGGGUCUUAAUUUAACAGAAACCAGCAGGGACUCGUCCACAAACAUCACAGACUCAAUGGCAAAUAGGACCCUUGUUGUCACUACUAUUCUGGAAAAUCCUUAUGUUAUGUAUAAGAAGUCUGAUAAGCCGCUGUAUGGGAAUGACCGCUUUGAGGGUUACUGCCUGGACUUGCUCAAGGAGCUCUCCAACAUCUUGGGCUUCUCCUAUGAAGUAAAACUAGUGUCAGAUGGCAAAUAUGGUGCUCAGAAUGACAAGGGAGAGUGGAAUGGGAUGGUGCGAGAACUCAUUGAUCAUGUGGCUGACCUUGCCGUCGCUCCUCUCACCAUUACAUACGUGCGGGAAAAGGUGAUUGAUUUCUCCAAGCCCUUCAUGACUCUGGGAAUCAGCAUCCUCUAUCACAAACCGAACGGCACCAACCCAGGAGUGUUCUCCUUCCUUAACCCUCUAUCUCCUGAUAUCUGGAUGUAUGUGUUGCUGGCCUGCCUUGGUGUCAGCUGUGUGCUGUUUGUCAUUGCCAGGUUCACCCCGUAUGAGUGGUACAAUCCACACCCCUGCAACCCAGAUUCAGAUGUGGUUGAAAACAACUUCACUCUAAUUAACAGUGUGUGGUUUGGAGUAGGAGCACUUAUGCAGCAGGGGUCUGAACUGAUGCCCAAAGCACUUUCAACCAGGAUAGUUGGUGGAAUAUGGUGGUUUUUUACCCUCAUUAUAAUCUCCUCUUACACUGCCAAUUUGGCUGCCUUCCUCACUGUGGAAAGAAUGGACUCUCCAAUUGACUCUGCAGAUGAUUUGGCCAAACAAACCAAAAUAGAGUACGGUGCUGUGAGAGAUGGCUCUACCAUGACAUUUUUUAAGAAAUCUAAGAUCUCGACCUACGAGAAAAUGUGGGCAUUUAUGAGCAGCAGGAAAAACACAGCCCUGGUGAAAAACAACCGGGAGGGGAUUCAGAGGGUCCUCACCACAGAUUAUGCUCUUCUGAUGGAGUCCACCAGCAUCGAGUACAUCAGCCAGCGCAAUUGCAACCUCACACAGAUUGGAGGCUUGAUAGAUUCCAAGGGCUACGGCGUUGGGACUCCAAUUGGCUCGCCGUACCGAGAUAAGGUCACAAUUGCCAUCCUGCAGCUUCAGGAAGAAGGGAAACUACAUAUGAUGAAGGAGAAAUGGUGGAGAGGAAAUGGCUGUCCAGAGGAAGACAGCAAAGAGGCCAGUGCCCUUGGUGUCGAGAACAUUGGAGGAAUCUUCAUCGUGCUGGCAGCUGGACUAGUCCUGUCAGUUUUUGUUGCAAUUGGAGAAUUCAUUUACAAAUCUAGAAAAAACUUGGACAUUGAGGAGGUGAGUGUUGGUCAGUGCGAAUGGCACAAUAAGUAUUAAUACUUUAGAGACUUAUAUGCACCAACAACACUUUAGUGUUACCAUUGUCUUUUCAGGACUACAGUAAUCAGUGGGCCAAUUUUUUCUUUUUUUCUUUUUGGUUUAAACUGCAUUGUUACAAUCAGAACAUUUACCACAGAGCUUUGUGUUUCUAGUAGAUUUGGGGGGCACAAAUAAGCUAGUGAGGAUUGAAAGUAUACAUUAGAUACCCAUUUCUAAAAACUAAUGAUGACGUGAGUCGGCUGUAACACUUGACCAUCAGGGCCUUGCUUGUUUUGUUUUAAUCCACAUGCAUUGUAGGUUUGUCUUAUGUGAGAAAUACAGUAUCCCAUUAAUUCAAGCCUGAUUCCCACCUUCAUAUCAAUGCUUUUUUUUUACAGUGUGUUUAGGAGGUGUUUCUUUACAGUAUGGCACAGCACACAAACUGUUUUACUGGGAUUUAUUUAUCAAUCAAUAUAUGGACGACUGCUUCCUUCAUUUGCAACAUUACUUGAUAAGUUUACCUUCGUCUUUAUGCAUCUCAAAAAACUACAUCAUCAGAAAGUGUUUUUUCUUUGACUUUUAUGUUGCUUGUUGAAACAAGUGGCCACUUCCCAUGAAAAGUCUAUGUAAUUGUGCAUUAAUGCGCGUUCUGCGCUUCUGUGAUUAAAAUUCUCGAGUUCAAACAUAACUAAGCAAGUUUCUACAUCCGUUUAUGGGCUCUACCUACAUGAAAGUUAAACCAGGUCGAACUUUGGGCAAGUAGGGACUUAGGAACGCUAAAAGUGUGUUCAAGAACGCGCAUGACAUGCCCGGUGUCCAUGUAGCUUAAUAGAUGCCUUGGGCCCAGAUUGAUACAAAAGAUCCUGAAUUCAAUUUCAACAACAGUAACAGCACACCUUUUGAUGAUAUUCUAUUUUACUGAGAUGCAAUGGUAUGUUUCCAAGCAUACGCGCACAAUAUUUAUUUUGUAAAUGUUUCAGAAUGACUAAAGUUUUGCUAAAGGCUGUCUUUCAUACUUCAGCCUUUUGUGACCCCCCCGCCCCAUUCCGCCCCUCAGAAUCGGUCAAUUCCCUCAAUUGCUGGAGGAAUUAUAAUAAACAAACACUUCCAUAAAAACUCAAUGAAAUGAAAGAAAGUUUAUUUUUCUUCAAAUAAUGCAGCUUCAAAAUGUGCACAUUUUGUUUUUCUAACAUCGGUUUGGUUUAAAACAAAUAACCUCUGACAUAUGUCAUAUCAAAGGGAGCUGUUAUGAUUGUCUGCUGCUUUAUUACAUAACCAUAAUGUUAUGUGCUGACACACUUAUCUGUUUAUCUUCAAGAUGACGGGUUUUUUUUGGUAUAUAUAUUCAUUCUGCAUGCAGUGUUAUACUACAAAAAAUUCUGCUCAUCAAGUGGACUGCUUUUACUUUGGAACAUUUGAUGUAUGUUUGUUGUUUUGGACUUUCCCUUCCGUGUGUUGAUGACCCUCACUGGUCCAGGCAUUUUGGGAGCCGACAAACUACUAGUUUUCAAUCGACAUAUUUGUUAUUUAAAACGUUAGAACCUGGAUUAGUCUACAAUGUUUCACUCCUCUUUCAGAUCUUCAGUAGUAAGAUUUAUUUAAGUCUUAUUAUGUUUUUGACCACUUUUAAGGAUUCUAAAUUAUAAAAAUGUGGGUUUUAAACAAAUACGUUUGAACUUAGCUUUUACAAAAACAUUUCUAUAUAGUUGUUUGGGUUACAUAUGGUGUACCGUAUGUGUAACAGGCUUUUCAAAUGCAUCAAAAUGCCCCGUGUCAAAUCAAACGUGUAAAACUUUUUGUUUUAUUGCAUCUUUUUUUCCCACCUAGAAGUAUGAAUUGAAAUCCUUCUUGCUAUGACAAACGACUGUUCGCUCAAUCAUUACCUCACUGUUUCUGUACUAUAACAAAUUUUUCCAAUGCCAUGUCACGAAUCAGGAGCUAUCUAGACAACAUUGCUCUACAAAAAUCCUUAAAUGGAUUUUGGAGUUUGAGCCUCCAAGAACGCAUCAUACACACUGCAUAGCACUGUAGGUUUAUAAUCAAACUGCAGUUUUGAUUGUCUUUAAUGUUAUUGACCGUUCAUGUGGCAACAAUUUCAAAAGGAUGGUUUGUUAAAAAGAAACAGAAACUGACUGUCAAUUUGAUUAAGAAAAAAAUAAACUUGUGAAAUAUUUU